GAAGCCAGAUCAUCAUCAUCGUCGUCAUCAUUAACGACGAGGACGGGCGGAGACACAUAUCGCGAACGAUCAGACAUAUUUCAAGCAGAAGUCUAGUUGGAUGUUCAAGAGAUCUCGUAUCUAGAGCGAUUGGGUGGGUGCACGCGGGUGUGAGAUAAAACGUGGUGGGGACACCCCAUCGUCAUCGGAGUCGCAGUCGUUUGGAUCGUUGAGCAGCGAAGAAGAAGAAAAAGAAGAAGGAAGAUUUAGUUUUCGGUUCGGAAAGGUGAAUAUGAAGGUGGAGGAAAAACUGACAACGUGUGGAAAAUUUGCCUACUAUCCAACCGGUCGCUGCAGGCAGACUGCGGAGACUGAUGCAGGAGCGCAGAUGAUUCAUCGGAGCAAGUGGAUGGAAUGAAUAUAUUCUGAUGAUCGAAGGACCAGCAAAAUCCUGUAGCUGGAACUUGAAUCAAUACUGUUUUGUUUUUAUGUGGAAGAAUCAAUAAUCACCGUUAAGUUGAAAGGAAGUUGUUCGUGGAUGCAUAGAAAAUCCACUCCAGAUGAGUGAAUAAUAUUUUGAAAACGAAACGGAAAAUAAAAAAAUAGCAAUCAAUAAGUUGUGUGCAGUGUGUCUGUGUGUAUGUUCGUGUAGCACGUGCCCCCCGUGCCAGAAGAAACCAUGAAGAAAAGAGUGGACAUGCGACACUGUAGGUCAACGAAAAAGUUCAAAUUAAUACUAAAGAUCCGCGCUAACCGUUAUCGAGAGGCACCUUAGAAAGGGCAAUCGUCGGACCCCCCCAUCACUCCAAGUCCAAGACCGAUAGGGUGACAGUGACUUAACUUCCUACUACGAGCUCUCGACGCGAAGGAGUUUGGUCAGGUUUGGCCCUUCCUUAAGAAGCGGUUGGUGCUUAGGACCUAGGCAGCAACCCCAAAGCCCGAACGCCGGACGCGAUGUACUUGCGCAAAUGGAGUCCCAUUAAAUAUCUCAUGUACUUAUGGCUAGCGAUUCUAGUGUGGAUAUUCUGUUGGUGUGAGAGUGCCGCCACGAUGCACCUGGCGCCAGCCUCCUCCUCUUCCUCCUUUUCCCCAUUCUCGUUGUCAUACGCCAGUGGCACUAGCAGUAGUAGAACUAGUAGCAGCAGCAGCAGCAGCAGCAGUAGUAGUGGUAGUAGUAGCAGUGAUAGUUUUAGUGCUAGUAGAAAUAGUAUAUCAGAGCUGUUUGCCAACAGAAAUCACUACCGGGUGCCGGCAGCGAGUCCUAGAGGUGAUACUAGUGAAUUAGUGGACUCCACGAGUCCUUACCAAUGGCGAUCCACACCAGAAUCAACCAUCUCAACUCAACGGCAAGAGGCCGUUCCACACCUUACCAAAUUCAUCAGCCAAGCUGCCAGUUUCGAUCGCCGACGGUCGCCGCCUGUUCAAGUGGCCACUGCGUCGAGCUAUCAUCAUCCAAUUAACUACGCUAACCGUAUGCUUCUAGAAAACGCCAAUAAACGCUCGAUAGAACAACAACAGCAGCAGCAACUGCCGAAUCUGCCAGCUAGCCUAAGUCAAUCCACUUCAAACCAUGAUAGUCGCCAAGUUAAGAACAGCAACUACGUCAACAGUAGUAGUAUUAGUAAUACGAGUAUUAGUGCCGAAAGCGCCACCCCAGCAGAGAAGCGAUUACAGCAGCAAUGGAAGCUGCGAAUGAGCCAAAAGCGGGCACGUCGACUGGCCCAUCGACAGCACCUGUCCGAGCAACCUGAAGCGAUCGCAUUGGCCGCAACCAAUCGCAAUCGACGAGACUCGGCACGUCUUUCGAUGGCAGGUGGAUCCCAGCAGAACCCCCGGCGUACCGGUGGCGUUGCAGGCCCCGGUCAAACUCGCCGCUACUGCUCGGCGCGGGAUCCGGCCACCCUGGCAUUCGAUGCCCCCGUAGUCUUCGAGGGCAAAGUCAAAUCCAUGAGCAGCGAUCGACGCUCCAACUUUUCCGUGACGUUCGAAAUCGUCAGGGUUCACAAGAAACACACCAAGUACCCGCUGGAGAUGUUCCAGCAAGUGCGGUUGCAGUUUUCCUUCCGCAACUACAGCGAGUGCGACAUCUAUCGGGAAACGUACCGGGAGCGGGGAAUUGUGCGCGAAGAACUCGAACAGGGCAAAGUGUACUUUCUGUUUGUGAAGCAGAUCGAUCUCAGCAACUUUACCAUCCUCGGACAGCCGAUCCGGAAGACCAGACGUACCGCCAACGGGGUACUGGAGGGGGUUAAGGACACAUAUGGUAAACCACCGAAGAUCUAUUCCAUGACGUCGAAUAUGACGAAGCAGGAGGGCAAACGGGUGCGUCUGGUCUGCAAAGUACAGGGAGAGCCGCCACCUAAAGUCACGUGGUUCAAGGACAAGCGUUCCAUCAAUCGGAACGUGACGAAAUACGCUCAAGUACAUCUCAAAAAACGAUCCGAGCUCAUCAUUCAUUCGGUGAUUCCCAGUGAUGCUGGAGAGUACGAGUGCAGAGCUAAAAAUAAAUACGCCAAGAUUUCCAACUCGACGCACGUUCGAGUAGCGGCCAAACAUUCGAGCACCAAGCAGCCAAAAACGACACAUUCGACGGAACCUCCGUACAAUCCGCGGCCCUGUCGGGGGCCGGGCGCAGAGCACUUCUGUCUGAACGGUGGCACCUGUAUACACUUCGAGGAUAUCCAAGAGUGGGCAUGUGUCCCAAGGGUUUCUCGGGCAACAAGUGCGAAAACAAAGUCAUCGACUAUCACCCAACGACGUCCAGCAAGCAUCAGGACUGCUCGUACGGUUACGGAUAUGGAGGUUACUAUUGCUAAAAUAGGCUUUAUAACACCAAUUGUUGAAUUAACAUAUUAGAGACGAGAAGCAAAAGAAACCCCUUUCCCAUUCACUCCCGACCCCAACCGAUCCCGACACCGCCCCCACCCCGAAUUCCAAAACGUCCAAAUUAGUUUUGUUUCAUUUCGUUUGAACCAAUCGAACCCAAUUCACCGGGCCCAAAACGACACGCAAGUAUUUCUUAGUCAAUUGAGUGUGCUGCAAUCUUUAGAGAAUACGAAAGCACAAAUUCACGGCACACGUUAAAUUAGUAGGUAUCGGCGCAGUCGCUUGAUGUGACUGCCCCGGCGCGAAUUUCGUUUUUCUUUUUCUUUUUUCUUUUAUCGUUUAGAAACCGAAUGCCAAAAAUUAGCUUUAGUCAACUUUGUUUCAACGACCGUGCUAAGGAAGAAAAGUAUCUAAUAGCAUCCUUUUUCAACUUGUAAAUAAUGGAGAACGAGUCAUGUUUUCUUGUAUAUUAUUUGAAAAAGAUUCUUUUCUUUUUAUAAUUAUGAAUUUAUAGUACAAAUUUGUGUAUAAUGUGUAAAAAUACUAUUUAUUACUGAUUAAUGCUAAAAAAUUUACUAUACCGUAAGCCAAAUAUUUAUAGCUCGAAGAAAACAUUCCAAAUCAUGGAUAAAUCAAUUCAGCUAACAGGAUACAAAAUGAUUUGAUGAUCAAACCGUUCGACCAAACAACCGAUACUCACUCUUUACUCACUUAAACACUAGGCUUAGUAGACCAACGAAUUCUUAGCAAAAUUUAUUCCGUUUAGUACACGUCAAAAAAUUACCCACAUUUCACACGAAACCCGUUAAACCUGAAGCAAAUAUCUUACUUUAACAAUUGGUGUUAUAUGUUUCGCCCAAUCGUUUAUGCUCUCUACAACACACUUCAAGCAGGCGUUCCUAAACUCUAGUACCGAUCUCUCUCUCCCUCUAUCACACCCGGUAGUAGAUGAACAAAUCAAACGAAACGACUAUCCCCUAUAUUGUCCUUCCAACAAUUCCCUUCCCCUACCGUUCACCACCAAAAACGAUCCAUUUUGACCGAUUUGAUUUAGCGACACAACAGGAACCCAACAGCGCUACGCUUCCCCUCACCGAAUGGCAGAUCUAUUUGUACUUUUUUUUUUUUUUUUAUUCCGCAAUUCCCUUUUUAAUGAUACCAACGCAAUUUUCGUUCCAAAUUCAAGCAAAAAAGUGCAAAUAUCCCAUUUUCUUCAACACCUAACUACUGAAGCAACCCCUGGGUGGUGUUUGGUGCAAUACGCUUAUCCUACUUUCCCAAAAAAAGGCAACCUGCACACGCGAAAUCCGCAUUUAAACAGAUCGAAGCGAGAAAACGAUAAACCAGCAGAGAGGUAGGAACAUUGCACAAAUGAGCGUACUUUUAACUUUUUGCCUAGGGUGUCGGUAGCUUUCAUCUUUUCUCGCUAGAAAUUUGCGAUCUGGCUCUUUCUAAACCACAUUCACUACCACUACUACAAAACUGAUCCACCAACACCACCACAACAACAACAACACAAUUGAUGACGGUUUAAAUGAUUGUUACCACAUUUUCUGUAGGAGAUAAUUACAACUAAAAAAAAAUCACGCAAAAUACGGCCAUAUUCGAAUUCCGCAAGGAAGCAAAAAAGUAAGCAAAUUGAUAAACUAGAGCCAAAAAAAAUAACGUUGUAAAAUUGUGUACAUAAUGACCUCUAGGCGGUUAAAAAUUGUAAGUAUUACUACACACUGCUGUCAAUUUAUUUGAUGUUGAAA